CCCCACACACCACAUCCCCGUUUCUCUCACCUCCCCUCACACCGCUCCCCUCACACUGCUCGCUGACCCUCACUACCUACUUCGUACCCCCCUCACACCGCUUCCCGCCCUUCACACCGCAUCCCCGUCUCUCUCACCUCCCCUCACACCGCUUCCCUCACAUCGCUCCCUGCCCCUCACACCGCCUCCCUCCCCUCACACCCCUCCCUGUCUCCCUCUCCGCACCUCACACCGCUCCCAGCCCCUCACACCGCUCCCCUCAUACCGCUCCUAGCCCCUCACUACCGACUUCGUAGCACCCCUCACACCGAUCCCCGCCUCUCACCUCCCCUAACACCGCUCCCCGCCUUCACAUCGCCCUCACCCCAACUCUCACACCGCUCCCCGCCUCUCACUACCGCCUUCGUACCGCCUCUCACACCGCAUCCCUCCACUCACAUCGCUCCCCGCUCUCCCGACCCCGCCCCGCCCCACCCAAACCGCUCCGAGCCGCAUAAGGCGCAGCCGCUCGGGUCGGUGCGCGGUUUUCUGUGGGGUUCCGUGGUCUUGCUCUGCCCCGCUUGGUUCUCGGCGCUCCCGGUCCCGCCAUGGCGCUGAGGAGGAGUGCCCCGCUGGGCCGGCGCCCUCCCGCAGUUAAAGCUGGAGGUAUGAGAGUGUCUAAAAAGCAAGAAAAUGGACCUGUUGAGAAAAGUGCUAGACCUCCAAGAAAAGAAAAGUCAAGUGCUAUUGUCAGUUUUGCAAAACCUCAGAACAUGGGUGUCUUGGUAGCAGAAGCACUGAACAAAAUGAGCCACAAAGCCCAUGCAGCAACAUUACAAGUGGCUCACCAAAAGCCACAGCCUACCUUGGAGAAGUUCAUACUGCCUAAAAGAAUUUACAUUAUUCAACAGCCACGAAAAUGUUAGAUAAUCAUUAAAAUACUUAUGUUUUCUUAAAAGUGAGUUUCUAUUCUAUAUAGCACUUAGCACACUGUGGUGAAGUGCUUGAAAGCUGUGUGCCUUGUAUCUUGGCCUUGUAUCUUGCUGUGUUUCUGUUACUGACAAUAAAAUAUAAGAAGUUACUAAA